AUGAUCUUCAGACGUUUCUCUGGAUGUCCAUUCCAAAUGCUGAACACCCCAUUCAAAGGAUGUUGGGUUGGGCGCUCAUCAAUGGAAGUAUCUUAUUCCGUGAGCUGGAGUAUACAUAAAGCCAGAUUGUCAUGUUUUGCUAUUCUUUUCCUCUCAAGUUAUUCUAAUCCCAAUCCCAAUCAUCAACUCUUAUCUGUCAAAGCUCCUAGCAACAAAUUCCCACUUCAUAUUUAUAUUUUCAUCAAUUAUUUACUCAUGGAUCCACCCAACCCAGUUUUUGCGCCUUCUCGAGUAACACAAGGACAAAAGAGAGCACGAGCGGAUAGUGCAGGAACCAAAGGUUCUCCUGGGGCCACCAAACCAAGCCAGAACCGCGCAAAGGUCAACCCUGGUUUCAGUUUAUUGUCGCAUACCAUCAGAGAUAAUACAAAGAUAAGUGACGACCCAAAACGAGGCAAGCGGAAAGAUCAAACACAGCAGAAUAAUUCAUGCAAAACGCAAGCCAAUCAGAAGAAAAACAAGAACUCAAGCUCAAGCUCAAAGAACACCCAGCUCUCUGUACUUCCUCCACCCAACAAGUAUUCAGCUCUCAACCUUGUGACUCUGCGAAGCAUAAUGAAGCCAUCUGGCGUGAAGGGAAUUGGCUUGAUGAGAAAGGACGAGCUGUUGCAGCUCUGUUUGCUGUACAAUCCAGAAAUUCCUUCAACCCAACCUCCACCUUCAAGACCUGCGGCAACAACAUCGAAUGAACAGAGUCGCCAGCAGCUGACCCGCGCGUUUCAAGAAUCCCUAGACCAGGAAGACAUAUGA